AUGAAGAUGCGGUCUUCUCUCUAUAACACAUACAACCCAGAAAAACGAGAUGAAGAAGGGAAUAACGUCAAUAAUUCUCAUUUUGAGGACGAGAUUAUACGUGAGAAUGAGGCUAUUUUGAGUGCUCUUGGUAACACUGUGAGUAGAAUGAAGGCAUCGGCAGGUGUGCUUCGCAAUGAAGCUGGGGAUCACAACCGGUUGCUUGACACUUUGAGUGGUGCAUUCUCUAGGGCAAGUGGAGGAGUAGGCCGAUCAGUGCAGCGGAUUGAGGGUGUUAUGAAUCGCUACGGGUGGCGACACACACUUCUCAUAGGUCUGAUGGUUUUUAUGACUAUCUACGGUGUAUACCAUAUUUUGAGAAGAUGA